GCAGCGGCGCGCGUGAGGCAGAGCGCCGCCGCCGCCGGCCGCGUCUAGUCGGCACCAUGCAGCCGCCAGCGCCGCUGCUCCUGGCGGGCGCCCUGCUGUCCCAGGUGCUGCUGCUAACAUCUGCAGAAGAUUUGGACUGCACUCCUGGAUUCCAGCAGAAAGUGUUCCACAUCAACCAGCCGGUGGAAUUCAUCCAGGACCAGACGGUCCUAAACUUGACCUUCAGUGACUGUCAGGGAAACGCCAAGCUGCGCUAUGAGGUCUCCAGUCCCCACUUCAAGGUGAAUGCGGAUGGCGGCUUAGUGCCGCUGAGGAACGUCAGCGCGGUGGGUCGGACCCUGUUCGUCCAUGCCAGGACUCCCCACGCCGAGGACAUGGCCGAGCUCGUGAUUGUCGGAGGGAGGGACAUCCAGGGCUCCUGGCAGGAUAUAUUUAAAUUUGCAAGAACCUCUCCUGUCCCGAGACAAAAGAGGUCCAUCGUGGUAUCUCCCAUUUUAAUUCCGGAGAAUCAGAGACAACCCUUCCCCAGAGAUGUUGGCAAGGUGGUUGACAGUGACAGGCCCGAAGGCUCCAAGUUCCGGCUCAGCGGGAAGGGCGUGGAUCAAGAUCCCAAAGGAAUUUUCAGGAUCAAUGAGAACACGGGCAGCGUCUCCGUGACACGGACCCUGGACAGAGAAAUGAUCGCCACGUACCAGCUGUUCGUGGAGACCAUCGAUGUCAAUGGCAAAUCCCUCGAAGGCCCGGUGCCCCUGGAAGUCAUCAUAAUCGAUCAGAAUGACAACAGACCAGUCUUCCGAGAAGGCCCUUACAUCGGUCACGUCAUGGAGGGCUCGCCCACAGGGACCACGGUGAUAAGGAUGACAGCCUUCGACGCCGACGACCCCGCCACCGACAAUGCCCUCCUGCGCUACAACAUCCGCCAGCAGACGCCUGACAAGCCGUCGCCCAACAUGUUCUACAUCGAUCCCGAGAAGGGAGACAUCGUCACGGUCGUGUCCCCUGCGCUGCUGGACCGGGAGACUCUGGAAAAUCCCAAGUAUGAACUGAUCAUCGAAGCUCAGGACAUGGCCGGACUAGAUGUGGGGUUGACCGGCACAGCCACGGCCACCAUUGUGAUCGAUGACAAAAAUGACCACUCGCCCAAAUUCACCAAGAAAGAGUUUCAAGCGACGGUGGAGGAAGGAGCCGUGGGAGUCAUCGUGAACUUGACCGUGGAGGACAAGGACGACCCCACCACGGGCGCGUGGAGGGCCGCCUACACCAUCAUCAACGGAAACCCGGGGCAGAGCUUCGAGAUCCACACCAACCCGCAGACCAACGAGGGGAUGCUGUCCGUGGUCAAGCCCCUGGACUAUGAGAUCUCGGCCUUCCACACCUUGCUGAUCAAAGUGGAAAACGAGGAGCCGCUGGUCCCCGACGUCUCCUACGGCCCCAGCUCCACCGCGACGGUCCACAUCACUGUCCUCGAUGUCAACGAGGGUCCUGUCUUCUACCCAGACCCCAUGGCGGUGACCAAGCUGGAGAACAUCUCCGUGGGCAGCGUGCUGCUCACGGUGAACGCCACGGACCCCGACUCGCUGCAGCACCAGACCAUCAGGUAUUCUUUGUACAAGGACCCAGCGGGCUGGCUGAGCAUCAACCCCAUCAACGGGACCGUGGACACCACAGCCGUGCUGGACCGAGAGUCCCCGUUCGUCCACAACAGCGUCUACACCGCCCUCUUCCUGGCCACCGACAGCGGCAACCCACCGGCUACUGGCACAGGAACCUUGCUGAUCACCCUGGAGGACGUGAAUGACAACGCCCCGGUCAUCUAUCCCACUGUGGCAGAAGUCUGCGACGACGCCAGAAACCUCAGCGUGGUCAUCCUGGGAGCAUCAGACAGGGAUCUUCACCCAAACACAGAUCCCUUCAAGUUCGAAAUCCAGAAGCAAAGCGUCCCUGACAAGGUCUGGAAGAUCUCCAAGAUCAACAAUACACACGCCCUUGUGAGCCUUCUUCAGAACCUGAACAAAGCAAACUACAACUUGCCCAUCAUGGUGACAGAUUCAGGGAAGCCCCCGCUGACAAACGUCACCGACCUCAGGGUACACGUGUGCUCCUGUAAGAACUCCAAAGUGGACUGCAACGCCGCAGGCACCCCGCGCCUCGGCCUCUCCUCCCUCCUGCUCCUCCUGCUCCUCAGUGGAGCCGAUCUGUGAGAACUCCUGACAUCUGAAGCUUGACUCCCAAGUUUCCAUAGCAACAGGAAAAAGAAAGCAAGGAAAAAAGUCUAUCCAAAUCUGAAGAUUGCCGUUUACAGCUAUUGAACUUCACAACUAGGCCUCAAUCCCUCCGCAUUUUCAUUUCCUUUAUAAUUUCCUUUAGUCCGGACUUCCUCACAGUUUUGACAGCAUCUUCCUUCCUCCUGUAACCCUCUGCACUCCCCCCUGAAUGUUUAAGGAUCAUGACUGAGAACUUGACCUUCUGGGAGCCGGAACAAUGACUACUUUUCUCUCGCGUGCUGCCAUGUUGCUAGCCAGUGCUCCAUUCACGCAGCUGUGUCUGUGGGUUCGUAUUUGUAUAUGUAUGAGUAUCUGUAUGUGUAUAUACACAGUAUUUAUAGAGAGAGACUAUUCAGGAGAAGCCUAGAUUUGAAAGGUCAGACGGAGGGGUCAGGCGCGAGGUCAGCUAGCCCCCUCCGGCCCCUCUCUUAAACACGCCACACCAGGACAGGCCACAGAGUGCUCACUUUCGCACUGAACAACCAGCCAGGCGGGUCCACAGACAGGGAGGGCAGAGAAGGAAGUCCUUUCUCUUUCGUGUGAGGACCGCCACCAGUUCCCACUGCCACCAAAUGCCGUGACCCUGGGCCCCGGGGACAAGGUGCAGAGCAAGGAAUCCUGCCAUCAGUGCCAAGAAAAGGGCUGAAAUCUACCAUGGCAUCCCAGCCCCGUGGUCGCCAGCACUUCCGGCGGCGUGGAUGGCGCUGUAGGGUCUCUCGCUCCUCGGUGCACGUGUGAUGACACGCAUCACCGCGUCCCAUGUGCACACGAAGAGGCAGCAGGUACCAUCCUGUAUACGCAUACACACCCACAUGUAUAGACAUUGUACACACCCACACCGUUGGUUUCAUAUAUACAGGCAUAAAAUAGAGUAAAUACAGGUAGUUUUAAAAGUACCCUUUUGUGUGACUCGACCACCGUCGUUCGCAAACCUGAAAAUAAAUGAUGUUCAUUCUGUAUUCAAAGUAAUUGGCUCUUAUUCUGUGAGCACGUAAUGGAAACA